AAUUUUCAGGUUUCAUACUACUUCAGGAAGCCAUGUGCUGAUGAUAUUGUCAUUUUUAAAAGUCCACCAGUUCUUCAGGAAGUAGGAUACACUGAUGAAGAUGUCUUCAUUAAACGAAUAGUAGCUAAGGAAGGUGAUAUUGUGGAGGUUCAUAAUGGUAAGCUUAUUGUUAAUGGGGUUGUUCGAGAUGAAGACUUCAUCAAUGAAGCACCUUCUUACGAAAUGACACCAGUUCGAGUACCGGAGAACUCAGUCUUUGUGAUGGGUGACAAUCGUAAUAAUAGCUAUGAUUCCCACGUUUGGGGUCCCCUCCCUGCCAAGAAUAUCAUAGGAAGAUCAGUAUUCCGCUAUUGGCCUCCAAAGAGGAUAGGUGGCACAGUACUUGAGCGUGGCUAUGCAGUUGACAAGCAGGAGAGUGUGAAAGCAUCUGAAUAGAUAUUCAGCCUACCGAUUUUAUUUGACCAAAGUAAUCCUUUGGCUGUUUACACCAUUUCCCCUGAUGUCUCUGUUUUCUUUGUUUACUCAUUGUGAGCUUUUAAUCCCCUUUUUUUACUCUCCCAAAAUUUCUGCAAUAGCAUUUUUUAGCAGACAGGUUAUUCUUGAAGGACAGGUCCCUUAUUUGGCCUGCUAUAUGAUUUUCAUGCGACUAUAGAUUGACCCUUGUAAUGAUUAAUGCAAUGAAUAUUCUGUUCUCUAUCUUUUCA